AUGCCCCCAGUUGGCGCUGCGUUAUGGCGCAGCUUGCGCGCCCACCAAGUCUAUGGCGCAAACACUGACGUUGGGAAGACCAUUAUCUCCACCGUCCUGUGUAAUGCCAUUCAGCGUCAGAACCAGCAAGCCGCGUUCCUCAAGCCCGUGUCAACAGGCGCAUUGGACGAUGCCGAUGAUCGGCAUUUGAGGCGCUACGGUGCGGGGACGCUUACCAAGUGUCUCUACCAAUUCGAUGACCCAGUCAGCCCGCAUUUAGCGGCUAAAAAUAAAGUGACCCUUUCCGGUUGGGCAAAGUCGGACAUUGACUUCGCCCUCGUUGAAACAGCCGGCGGGGUGCACUCCCCCGGCCCCAAUGGCAACUCCCAGGCAGAUUUGUAUCGGCCACUUCGCCUGCCGAUUGUCCUCGUUGCGGACUCACGUCUAGGGGGUAUCUCCUCAUCUAUCUCUGCAUACGAGUCGCUACUACUUCGCGGUUAUGACGUUUCGUCUGUUGUCUUAUUCCGAGACGAAUACUAUCAAAACCAUGAAUAUCUGCGCGAGUACUUCAAGGGGAAGAGCAUUCCUCUGGUCUCACUUCCAGCACCGCCUACUCGACCGGUAGAGUUGGAUGCCAGUUCUCAAUUGAAGGAUCAGGAAGCUAUGCUUAAUUAUUACCAGAAGUCGGCCAAGGAGUCUGAGAUCCUCCGGCUUCUCGAGGAUAUGACCGCCAAGAACACCGGGCGCAUCGAGCGAUUGGAAGAAAUGGCGGACCGCGCCCGCGAUUUGAUUUGGUAUCCUUUCACCCAGCACCAAGGCAUGCAAGCCAAGGACAUCACUGUGAUCGAUUCUGCACACGAUGACUACUUCCAAACAUUUGGUGCCAACCAAUCCAAGUCCGAAAGCGAAUUGCGCCCGACCUUUGACGGUUCGGCAUCCUGGUGGACCCAAGGAUUGGGCCAUGGUAACCCCGACCUAUCGUUGUCUGCGGCCUAUGCUGCCGGUCGCUACGGCCAUGUCAUGUUCGCAGGCGCUGUUCACGAACCGGCCCUUUCUUUAGCCAGUGAUCUAUUAAAAACUCUUGAUAACCCUCGCUUUACAAAGGUCUUCUAUACCGACAAUGGAAGCACCGGUAUGGAGGUUGCGGUGAAGAUGGGUCUCCGUGCAUCUUGCGACCGAUACGGUUGGGACGCAAGCCAGGAGCAAAUCGGGAUCUUGGGACUAAAGGGCAGCUACCACGGUGACACCAUCGGUGUCAUGGACUGCUCAGAGCCAUCUACUUUUAAUAAAAAGGUUGAGUGGUACCGUGGCCGUGGUCAUUGGUUUGACUUCCCUCUCGUCAAGAUGGUUGACGGGGCUUGGAAAGUUGAGGUUCCUAAUGAGUUGAAAGCGGACCUCGGUGAGGAUGUUGACUUUGCUUCCUUGGGCUCUGUUUUCGAUCUUACCCAGCGCCUGGAGUCUGCUACGGCCCAACGCUACAAGGAGUACAUUCACCGUACCAUUGAGGAUCUUGUUCAACGCCAGGGCAUGAAAUUCGGUGCCCUGAUUCUAGAGCCUGUCAUUCUUGGAGCCGGUGGAAUGCUCUUCUGUGAUCCCUUGUUCCAAAGGUGCUUGACGGAGGUGGUCCGUGAUCAUCCCGAGCUGUUUUCCAGUGCCACCCCAGCCCCCAAACAGUCUCCCUCAUGGUCCGGCUUGCCCGUAAUUUUCGAUGAAGUGUUCACUGGACUUUACCGUCUUGGUCGCCGGACAUCCGCUUCCUUCCUUGGCGUGCACCCUGAUGUUGCUGUGAAUGCGAAGCUCCUGACAGGAGGUCUCAUCCCUCUCUGCACAACCGUAGCUAGCGAGGAGAUCUUCCACGCAUUCUCUAGUCCCGAGAAGAGCGACGCCCUGCUUCAUGGUCACAGCUACACUGCCCAUGCUGUUGGGUGCACAGUUGCUGUAGACUCGCUGAAGACGAUGGCCAAACUUGACACGGACGGCUCUUGGGAUGGAUAUCGCGAGGACUGGCGCAGCAGUUCGGAGACUUCUAAUGAAACAUCAGCGCCUGCUGUUUGGAGUACCUGGUCACAGGGCCUCCUUCAAGACCUGUCCUGCGCAGAGGCGGUUGAAAGCGUCUUUGCAAUUGGAACCGUGUUGAGCAUCUCGCUCCGCGAUGCGGACGGUGGCGGCUACAAUUCUAAUGUUGCCAAGGGACUGCAACAAAAGCUGGCUGCUGGAGGUGACCAGUUCAAUGUCCACUCGCGUGUCCUCGGGAACAUUCUGUACUUGAUGUCUAGCGUGACAUCUAAACCUGAGAACUUGCGCGAGAUGGAAAGGCUACUCCGAGCCUCUUUGGUAUAA